ACCGCUAGUAGAGCUGAGAGUGGAUGUAGUGGCCUUAAAGCCAAAUAAGAGAUUGAGUGUGAGCUGAUGUGUUACAACAGAGCUGAUCACAAGAUACGCUUUCAGAGAGAGAGAGUGUCAGUGUAGAAAGGCCACCGCUGAAAGGUUUUUGAUACUUCCGUAUUGAGGUAAACCUGACUGCAAUCUGCAAAAGUUGGACUUUGAGGUGUUGAUGUGCAAGUAAGACCACAUGCUGAAGUGGAUAUUUCUCACAUUGACUUGCACCAGACCCAAACAGCUGCAUCUCUGAGGACAACUUGGCUUCAUACUGAGUGUGUGUGUGUAAGACCCCAGCUGUGUGCUCUUCGGCAUGGAUCAACCAGCAAGCAGUUGCAUGCGGACCCCUCACACAGGCAGUGCACUCUGGGGCUGUGUUAGGACCCCUCACUCUGGAGGUUCUGGAGCAGGGCUGCAGACAUACCAGCAGGCCCCUUUUUCCCUGCACCAGAAGCACAAUUUCCUGGCCUACACAGACUUCUCCAGCUCUUGCCUGGUGCCGGCACCACACGCAUACCCACGCGAGGAGAGACUGUACCCAGAGACGCACGGAGGGUACCAAAGGUCAGCGUGGCAGUUCCCUCCCUGUGAACCACGAGGUGGAGGUCAGGAGCCGUGCCAGGCAGCAGCAGAAGCAGUGGAAGCCGGUGUAGUGGCUGAAAUGGACAGUGCGGGGGGAGACAGGCUGCCUGGAGCAGUCACUUCAUGUCUAGAGGAAGAGUAUUCCCCUCAAAGUGUGGCAGCGGUCAAAACAGAGAAAAAAAGUUCCAAGCGGAAAAGAGAAAUCACAGAGAUUCAGGAUUCAGACUUCAAGCCUGACUCAAACUGCAAAGCUAGAAAGGAACGAACAGCCUUUACCAAGGAACAACUCCGGGAGCUGGAGGCUGAGUUCACCCAUCACAACUACUUGACCCGCCUGCGGCGCUACGAGAUUGCUGUUAACCUUGACCUCACUGAGAGACAGGUGAAAGUGUGGUUUCAAAACAGACGAAUGAAGUGGAAGAGAGUAAAAGGAGGACAGCCUGCAUCUCCUCGUGACCUGGAAGCAGAUGAGAUGGACUCUGCUGCUUCUCCAAGCUCAGAUUAACUAGAGGUUUAUUCAUAUUUACAGUCACCCAGGCUCACCCAAGCUAUACGCAUGAUGUCCAAUUUUUCACUAGUUUCUCUACAUAUCCCGUUACACUGCUUCAUGGACAAAAGUUUUCAUGCUUCCUCUUGCUCCCCUGGCUCAGAUGACUAAUUAUCAACAGAACUUGAAUGGUUUGGAAGCACCAUCCAGUUUCAUUCAUGAACAGAUUGAGUGAAAUCAGAGACCUCUAAAACCCCAAUUAUUCACGUGUAAAAACAAUUUAUAUUAACUGUUCAAGCCCUGGUUUAAUAGCUUUGACCUCCAGCCAUGACGGCAUGAUGUAGGUCUGUUGUUGGAAUGGGUUCACACUGAUCAGAACCACCUGUGAAGCUUCACAGGCAGACUCAGGAUCACGUCAAACCACCAAAGCCUCGAUAUCACAUCUUUUUUUUACCCUAAACUGUGCUAUCAAGUUUCUAUUAGAAUAUACCUUUUUCCUUUGAGUGAUGCAUCUUUUUUUGUACCUUUCUUUUUACAUGAAAUUGAUCAAACAUAUGUUGCAUAUAAAAAUAAGAAAACAAUAAUUAAUAAAUAUUU